AUGGCUAAUAAAAGAAGGCCAAAGAAAGUAAAGCCUCCUUAUAGAAAAUAUGUUGGCGGUGUUGGAUUCACACACACUCAAGGGUUCAGUCAAAUAGCUGAAGAAAAUGACACAACGAAUAUCCAAAAGUUUAAUGAAUUACAAAUAAACGAAAUACGUAAUCCUUCUGAUAGCGAGGAAUCACGACUACAGGGAGAUUCUGUCCGAUCAGAUGUAACUGAUUACGGUGGUAUGAAGCUUCCACUAGAAAUAUUUGACCUUACGAUUUCUAUGAUGAGUCCGCAAGAUAUCAGGAUGAACUUAGUGCUAGUGUGUCGAGCAUGGUAUCUUAUAUGCAUACCAAAAUUAUAUCGUACACCAAAGUUAACUAGUCGAAACUUUUUAAAGUUUGUGGAAACGGUAUUGGCAGAUAGGAAGAGAAAAACAUGUGAGCACGUAGUUCAUUUGGAUUUAUCUCCUAUUAUACAGAGUGGGAAGAAUAGCUAUGUGUCAAAAGUGCUACGACGUUGCUCUAAAAAUUUGGUUUCAUUUACAGCGCCACAGACUAGUUUUGGAAUAGCUCCUUUGAUCAGUCUUAAAUCCUGCCAAAACCUUAAAUACCUUGAUUUAGGAUUGGUAUCAGAAACAGUCAAUUUAAAAGAAUUAUUCUUGGCGAUCAAAAACUUCCAUGAGUUAACACAUUUAUCGUUUCCAAGAAGUUCCAUUCAAUGUGACGGAUAUAGAGACUUCCAAUGGCCCCCAAAUUUACAAUAUUUGAAGCUCAGUGGUGGGAUCACAAAUGAGUUCGUGCAAGAAACGAUAUUUCCUAAUACCAUCAAAAUCUUAGAGUUUUCAUUUUGUCCCCAAAUUAAUGAACAUUCAAUAUACACAGUAUUGGCCAAAAUUGGUGAUAAUUUGACACAACUAUACUUCCAUUAUCCAAUGCCAGCCUUAAAGGACAAUUCCUUGGAUCAUGUAUUCAGGUACUGUUCCAAUUUAAAAGUACUACAACUAAUGAUAGAUUAUUGCACCAGAUGGGUUUUCAGUGAAUACUUCUUUACGCAAUUACCAUAUCCUCGGCCGCUUAGAACCCUCAUAUUGGAAUGUAGCGGCCACCUUGGUCAAACAUUCAAAGUACAUCCUGAUGACUUAACUAUAGCGAUAUGUGAGGGUAGAUUGCCUUGUUUAAAAAUUAUCCGAAUUUCUUCUAGGCUAGGUUGGGACUCUCAAGGCGAUGACGUCGGCGAUUUAGUCUCGAGUUUGGAGGAAGAAAACGGCGGGAGCAUGUAUAUCACAUACUGA